CCUGCCGCCGCCGCCGCCGCCGCCGCCGCCGCCGCGGCUUCAGCACCAGCGCCCGGACAGCGGUGCCGCCCACGGGCAUGGACGGUGACAGCAGCAGCAGCAGCAGCGGCGGCGGCAGCGGUCCGGCUCCCGGCCCGGGUCCGGAAGGGGAGCAACGGCCCGAGGGGGAGCCCUUGGCCCCAGACGGCGGCUCCCCGGACAGCACCCAGACCAAGGCUGUGGCCCCUGAGGCAAGCCCAGAGAGAAGCUGCUCCCUCCACAGCUGCCCCCUGGAGGACCCUUCCAGCUCUUCAGGACCCCCACCAACAACUUCCACCCUCCAGCCUGUGGGUCCAUCCAGCCCCUUGGCCCCUGCCCACUUCACCUAUCCCCGGGCACUGCAGGAAUACCAAGGGGGCAGUUCCCUGCCAGGACUUGGGGAUCGGGCAGCUCUCUGCUCCCACGGCUCCAGCCUCAGCCCUUCUCCAGACCCCUCACAGCGCGAUGGGACCUGGAAGCCACCCGCUGUGCAGCACCAUGUGGUCAGCGUCAGGCAGGAACGAGCCUUCCAGAUGCCAAAGAGCUAUUCCCAGCUGAUUGCUGAGUGGCCAGUGGCCGUGCUGAUGCUGUGUCUGGCUGUCAUCUUCCUCUGCACCCUGGCUGGACUGUUGGGGGCCCGGCUGCCUGACUUCUCCAAGCCUCUGCUGGGCUUUGAGCCACGGGACACAGACAUUGGGAGCAAGUUAGUGGUCUGGAGAGCACUACAAGCCCUCACAGGCCCCAGGAAGCUGCUUUUCCUUUCCCCAGACCUUGAGCUGAACAGCUCAAGCUCCCACAACACUCUGAGGCUUGCACCCAGAGGCAGUGCCCAGGAGAGCGUCGUCCGGCCUCCGAGAAUGGUGGAGCCCCUGGAGGACAGAAGGCAAGAGAACUUCUUCUGUGGCCCCCCUGAGAAGAGCUAUGCAAAGCUGGUGUUCAUGUCCACCUCCUCGGGCAGCCUAUGGAACCUGCAUGCCAUCCAUUCCAUGUGUCGCAUGGAACAGGACCAGAUUCGCUCCCAUACCAGCUUCGGGGCUCUGUGCCAGCGGACAGCAGCCAACCAGUGCUGCCCCAGCUGGUCCCUAGGCAACUAUCUGGCUGUGCUCUCCAACCGCUCCUCCUGCCUGGACACUACCCAAGCUGACGCAGCCCGCACACUGGCCCUGCUUCGGACCUGUGCCCUCUACUACCACAGUGGUGCCCUGGUGCCCUCUUGUCUGGGACCCGGGCAAAACAAGUCCCCACGCUGUGCCCAGGUUCCCACCAAGUGCUCCCAGAGUAGUGCCAUCUACCAACUCCUGCACUUUCUGCUUGACAGGGACUUUCUGAGUCCCCAGACCACUGACUACCAGGUGCCCUCCCUCAAGUACAGCCUGCUCUUCCUGCCCACCCCAAAGGGUGCUCCCCUGAUGGACAUCUACCUGGACCGGCUGGCCACCCCCUGGGGGCUCGCUGACAACUACACCUCUGUCACUGGCAUGGACCUGGGCCUCAAGCAGGAGCUGCUGAGGCACUUCCUGGUCCAGGACACGGUGUACCCCUUGCUGGCUCUGGUUGCCAUCUUCUUCGGCAUCGCCCUGUACCUGCGCUCACUCUUCCUCACGCUCAUGGUGCUGCUGGGGGUGCUGGGCUCACUGCUGGUGGCCUUCUUCCUUUACCAGGUGGCCUUCCGCAUGGCCUACUUCCCCUUCGUCAAUCUGGCAGCCCUCCUCCUGCUGAGCAGCGUCUGCGCCAACCACACGCUCAUCUUCUUCGACCUGUGGCGCCUCAGCAAGAGCCAGCUGCCGUCGGGGGGGCUGGCGCAGCGCGUGGGCCGCACCAUGCACCACUUCGGCUACCUGCUGCUGGUCUCCGGCCUCACCACGAGCGCGGCCUUCUACGCCAGCUACCUGAGCCGCCUGCCGGCCGUUCGCUGCCUCGCCCUCUUCAUGGGCACGGCUGUGCUGGUGCACCUGGCGGUCACGCUGGUCUGGCUGCCCGCCUCCGCCGUGCUCCACGAGCGCUACCUGGCGCGCGGCUGUGCGCGCCGGGCGCGGGGCCGGUGGGAGGGCAGCGCGCCCCGGCGGCUGCUGCUGGCGCUGCACCGGCGGCUCCGCGGCCUGCGGAGGGCGGCGGCCGGCACCUCGCGUCUGCUCUUCCAGCGCCUGCUGCCCUGCGGCGUCAUCAAGUUCCGCUACAUCUGGAUCUGCUGGUUCGCAGCACUGGCGGCAGGGGGCGCCUACAUCGCCGGAGUCAGCCCCCGCCUGCGGCUGCCCACGCUGCCGCCGCCCGGCGGCCAGGUCUUCCGGCCCAGCCACCCCUUCGAGCGCUUCGACGCGGAGUAUCGCCAGCUGUUCCUGUUCGAGCAGCUGCCGCAGGGCGAGGGCGGCCACAUGCCCGUGGUUUUGGUGUGGGGCGUCCUGCCUGUGGACACUGGCGACCCUCUGGACCCUCGUAGCAACAGCAGUCUGGUGAGGGACCCUGCCUUCUCGGCCAGCGGCCCUGAGGCCCAGCGCUGGCUGCUGGCACUCUGCCACCGGGCCCGGAAUCAGAGCUUCUUCGACACCCUGCAGGAAAGCUGGCCCACGCUGUGUUUCAUGGAGACCCUCCAGCGCUGGAUGGAGAGCCCCGGCUGCGCCCGCCUGGGGCCUGACCUCUGCUGCGGCCACUCGGACUUCCCCUGGGCCCCCCAGUUUUUCCUGCACUGCCUGAAAAUGAUGGCUCUGGAGCAAGGCCCCGAUGGCACCCAGGACCUGGGACUCCGCUUUGAUGCCCAUGGCAGCCUGGCCGCCCUGGUCUUGCAAUUCCAGACCAACUUCCGGAAUAGUCCGGACUACAACCAGACCCAACUCUUCUACAAUGAGGUCAGCCACUGGCUGGCAGCAGAGCUGGGCAUGGCACCUCCAGGCCUCCGCCGUGGUUGGUUCACCAGCCGUCUAGAGCUGUAUAGCCUGCAGCACAGCCUGAGCACUGAGCCUGCUGUGGUGCUGGGCCUGGCUUUGGCGCUGGCCUUUGCCACACUGCUCCUGGGCACCUGGAAUGUUCCUCUCAGCCUAUUCUCCGUGGCAGCUGUGGCAGGCACGGUGCUCCUCACUGUAGGACUCCUGGUUCUCCUCGAGUGGCAGCUCAACACUGCCGAGGCCCUGUUUCUCUCUGCCUCAGUGGGCCUCUCAGUGGACUUCACUGUCAACUACUGCAUCUCCUAUCACCUGUGCCCACACCCUGACCGCCUGAGCCGUGUGGCCUUCUCUCUGCGCCAGACCAGCUGCGCCACAGCCAUGGGGGCUGCAGCCCUGUUUGCAGCAGGCGUGCUCAUGCUGCCCGCCACAGUGCUGCUCUAUCGCAAGCUGGGCAUCAUCCUUAUGAUGGUCAAAUGCGUCAGUUGUGGCUUUGCCAGCUUCUUCUUUCAAUCUCUCUGCUGUUUCUUCGGGCCAGAGAAGAACUGUGGGCAGAUCCUCUGGCCCUGUGCCCACCUGCCAUGGGAUGCUGGUACUGGGGACCCUGGUGGGGAGAAGGCAGGCCGCCCACGACCAGGGUCAGUGGGAGGGAUGCCCGGGUCCUGCUCAGAGCAGUAUGAGCUACAGCCCCUGGCACGGCGUCGGAGCCCCAGCUUUGACACCAGCACAGCCACCAGCAAGCUGUCCCACCGGCCCUCAGUACUCUCUGAAGAUCUGCAGCUCCAUGAUGGUCCCUGCUGUUCCCGGCCCCCACCAGCCCCUGCCUCCCCAAGGGAGCUGCUGCUGGACCACCAGGCAGUCUUCAGCCAGUGCCCUGCCCUGCAGACCUCCUCCCCCUAUAAGCAGGCUGGCCCCAGCCCCAAAACCCGGGCCAGGCAGGACUCCCAAGGGGAGGAGGCUGAGCCCCUGCCAGCCUCACCGGAAGCCCCAGCCCACUCCCCUAAGGCCAAGGCUGCAGAUCCUACUGAUGGCUUCUGUUCCUCAGCCAGCACCCUGGAGGGGCUCAGCGUCUCUGAUGAGACCUGCCUAAGCACCUCUGAGCCCAGUGCCCGUGUACCAGAUUCCGUGGGUGUGUCCCCAGAUGACCUGGAUGACACUGGGCAGCCAGUCCUUGAGCGAGGCCAGCUCAAUGGGAAGCGGGACACCCUGUGGCUGGCGCUGAGGGAGACAGUGUAUGACCCAUCAUUGCCCGCUUCCCAUCAGAGCAGCUUGUCCUGGAAGGGCCGAGGGGGGCCAGGGGAUGGCAGCCCUGUGAUGCUGCCCAAUAGCCAGCCAGACCUGCCAGAUGUUUGGCUGCGCAGGCCCAGCACCCACACGUCAGGCUAUAGCAGCUGAGGGGGACCCGGAGAGGGCGGACAGGGCGCAGAACCCUGUCAGGAGUGACAAGGCAAGGGCAGCAAUAGGCUGGAGCCUGAAGGUAUUUCUCCAGAUCUACAGGGAGAGGUCUCACUCUCCAGCUGUGGAUGUUAAACCCUGCCAGAUGUCCCAGCCUUGAUCUGUCUGCUCCUACUCCUCACAUCUGGAGGAUUCCAGCAGGAGGGGUUUUGGAGGGGACCUGCUUGUGACCUGCUGAGGGCUUGUCUGCCCCCACAGCACCAUCUAAGACCCCUCCUCUAGAAGUGGGGAAGGCCAGAUGUGUAGCUUCUGGUAUCAGAGGUGGCUGACCUGGCCCCCAUCCCAAGUUACAAGAACUUCAGUGAGACUCCUUACUGACCAGAGGAGCCCGCAGGAAUCUCCGCAGCCUCCUGGGUCUCACCCCUUUCAUGGGCUCUUCAUCAGGACACUUCCCUCUCUUUUGGGAGCUUCUCUGGGCAGGAUUGGGCUGGGACCUCUCUCCCCAACUGCCCUGCUCUCCUCAUACUCAUCGGUUUGACCAGAAAUUCUCCAAAUCCAGCCAUAGAUGGCUUCUGGGUGUGCAGCAGGAGAAGGAGGAUGGUCAGCCUCGGAGCAUCUGUCAAUUACGGGACAGUCCCUCUUUGGAAGCAGGCUCCUGUGUUCUCCUGUGUUAAUAAACAGUAAUAAGCCUUUCCAUCUCUGCACAUUUUAGUCUCCUUGGAAUCUAUCUCACCACUUCACUACAGGGUAGCCUGAUGUUGGUCAGGUUCUUUUGCCCCCAAUUUAUAGGUAAAGACAUUGAGACUAAGUAAGAUGAACUGACCUCAGGGUCACUUAGCCACUAAAUGGCAGAGCGGUUUCAUUCCACCACUACAACCUCCAGUUUCCCCUUGGCUACCUGCCUUGGGGACAUUGGCAUAUGGCUGUCUUGAUCUUUCACCUCUAGCACCCUCCUCCAAUCCGCUUUCUCUGAUGUCUCUGACUGAAUCCAGCCACUCUCUUUGGGCCUCCACUUCCUGAGAGAGCUGUAUUCCAAAAAAAACCAGGAGUUCCUCUCCAUCUCCCCUGUGCCUCCCUCUGGAAUCUGACUGAGAUGUCUGCUGUCCCUCCCUGGGGCGUCCUGGUUGACCUGAUUCCCAGGCUUCAGGACCGCGCCUCUUCUACACCCACAGUGUAUGAGGCCCCACCAGAAGAGGUACUGAGGGGCAGAAGAGGUGAAGCCAAAUCCAAUCAAGGCAGGAACUCAGACCUGCCCUUUGGGAAGUGUGUGAGUCUGAAGCUGCUUCCCAGGUCAGGGUCCCCAGCUUUUUAAGGACAAGUCUCUCUGUGGCGCGUUAAGCAGACCAAAGGCUGGUUCCUCCUUCCCAAAGCAGAGUCUGGUGGGGAAGUUUUAUCCCACGUGAGAGCUCAUGACACCAGGUGGCAUCAACAUGUUUAUUGAACACCUACUUUGCAUAUGGUAUUACAAGGGGACAGAAGUGUGGAAGAAAAAUUGAACACCACCCUCAAAGAGCUCACCUUCUAGCUGGGGAGACAGCUUAUAUACACACGCAGGGAUCGGAUGGCUCACCGACAGCACCAUAUGCCUGCCAUCAUCAUUAUUGUUGGAGCUCAAGUACCCAGGACUGGGUAACAAGAAAGGCUUUCUGGAGGAGGAAAAACUUGAGCUGGACUUCAGAAGACCAAGCAUCUCAGACUGGAAGGGGCCUUGGCAAUCAUUUAUUCCAGCAAUUUUCAAAUUUUGUAGCCUCAGGACUCUUUCUUCAAAGAAGCUCUAUGUGGAGAAACAAUAUAUAAAACAGGUAAAAAGCAGCUACUCUGGUGGGCGCUGGGUGUUGGGGGUGGAGUCAGCUCAGCCUCUCUUUCCACUGCAGCCUCUCCGGGUACCUGGGAAACCCCUCAGGCUCCUGGCAGCUUCACAGAAUGUAAUAUGAAAGCUACUGAUCCAGGCUAUUUUACAGAGGAGUAUCAGAAAAGGGAAGGGAUCGUUCCAGGGCCAGAUAGUCUGUGGCAGAGCUGGAGGCAAAUCAGAUGAUGUUUUUGUUUUAUUUAGUUUUUUUAUUAUUGAGACCUACUUCCUACUCCAAGCAGCCCAUGAGAAGUGGAGCAGAAACCGAAAAGAGACACGGGAGUUGUGGAAGAGACAGAAGACAGUAGGCAGUGGACAAAAAAAAAAAAAAAAAAAAAAUAUAUAUUCUUCAUGAAGAAAACUGAAGCCUUCAAAUAGAAAUUUCCUCACCUUCAAGGCACCAAAGCCCCAACCUACCUACCCUCCGCUCCUGCCUGCUCCUCUCCCAUCCCUUCUACUACAACAAAGGAAGCAGUAAUGGCUCCAUCAAUGGCUUCUCACACUUGGUGUCAGAGGCCUUCACACGAGGGUUUGCACUCACCUACAAGGACAUGAAGACUUUCUAGAAGGUAGGUGGACACAGAUAGUUUUAAAGUAAUCCAUUUCCAGAGCUGCCUUCUCCAUAUGUUCCCCUCCUCAUAUUGGUGGGCCUAAGAAGAAGCCACAGGCCUGACAGCUGUCCUUCCCAACUUCCACUUUCCCAGUUGCCUUCCCUCCCGCAUUCUGAAUCCUACUCUGGCACCUUGCUCUGCGCUGUAAAAAACCAAUAAAAGGGCUACUUGAGAAUGCUCUGCUUGAGGAAGUCCUCGAAAGAGCAAAGCCUGGAGAGCUUCUUUGAGAAGGUUCACAGGGGCAGCCCUGUGGCUCAGUUCUGUGCCUUCUUCAUUUAAGAAUUCAAAUUCAGCCGGGCGCGGCGGCUUACGCCUGUAAUCCCAGCACUUUGGGAGGCCGAGGCGGACGGAUCACGAGGUCAGGAGAUCGAGACCAUCCUGGCUAACACGGUGAAACCCCGUCUCUACUAAAAAUACAAAAAAUUAGCCGGGCGAGGUGGUGGGCGCCUAUAGUCCCAGCUAUGCGGGAGGCUGAGGCAGGAGAAUGGUGUAAAACCCAGGGGGCGGAGCCUACAGUGAGCCGAGAUCGCGCCACAGCACUCCAGCCUGGGCGACAGUGAGACUCCAUCUUAAAAAAAAAAAAAAAAGAAUUUAAAUUCAUUGACAUGUUAUAUUGUAAAAUAUAUAAAUACAUAUUUAAAAAGAAAAAAUAAUUAAAAAUUUUUUAAAAUAAUUCAACUUCAGGUGAGACACAGUGGCUCAUGCCUGUAAUCCCAGUGUUUUGAAAGGCUGAAGUGGGAGGAUGGCUUGAGGCCAGGAGUUUGAGACCAGCUUGGGCAACAUAGCAAGAUCCCAUAUCUACAAAGAAUAAUUUUAAAAAUUAGCUGGGCAUGGGCCGGGUGCGGUGGCUCAUGCCUGUAAUCCCAGCACUCUGGGAGGCCAAGGCAGGUGGAUCAUCUGAGGUCAGGAGUUCAAGACCAGCCUGGCCAACAAGGCGAAACCCUGUCUCUACUAAAAAUACAAAAAUUAGCCGGGCGUGGUGGCGCACGCCUGUAAUCCCAGCCACUCAGGAGGCUGAGGAAGAACAAUUGCUUGAACCCAGGAGGCAGAGGUUGCAGUAAGCCAAGAUCGUGCCAUUGCACUCCAGCCUGGGUGACAAAGCGAGACUCCAUCUCAAAAAAAGUAAUAAUAAAUAAAUAAUAAAUAAAAAUAAAAAUUAGCUGAGCAUGGUGAUAUACACCUGUAGACCCAGCUACUCCAGAGGCUGAGGCAACAGGAUCACUUGAACUCUGGAGUUCGAGGUUACAGUGAGCCAUAAUCACAUUAUGGCACUCCAGCCUGGCAACAGAGUGAGACCUUAACUCAAAAAAAAAGAAAUAAAGAAGAAUUCAAACUGAAAGUGAGAUGGUUGACACAGGAUAGAUAUUAACCACAUUGAUGUGAAUGGAAAAAUCAGACUUUUUCUGUUAGAAGGUCAGAAUUGGCUCACAGGUUUGACAGAGAGGAUAAUCUUUGCAAGUAGGAUGUAUGGUGUACAUUUUCCCUAAAAUUGAAUAACUUUAAUCUGCAUCUCCACAGUUUGAACAAAAACAGACUGAAGGCUGGGCGCGGUGGCUCAAGCCUGUAAUCCCAACACUUUGGGAGGCCUAGGCGGGCGGCUCAUGAGGUCAGGAGAUCGAGACCAUCCUGGCUAACAUGGUGAAACCCCGUCUCUAUUAAAAAUACAAAAAAUUACCCGGGCGUGGUGGCAGGCACCUGUAGUCCCAGCUACUCAGGAGGCUGAGGCAGGAGAAUGGCGUGAACCUGGGAGGCAGAGCUUGCAGUGAGCCGAGAUUGCACCACUGCACUCCAUCCUGAGCAACAGAGUCUCAAAAAAAAAAAACAGACAAA